AUGGCAGGGAGAUUGAGCAACGUGGCUUCACGGAUCAUGGGAGGAAGCGGCGUCGUUAGCCGCUCUGUCACCUCCUCUCUUCGCCUCCGUUCCGGCAUGGGCCUCCCCGUCGGCAAACACAUCGUCCCCGACAAACCCCUUUCCGUGAAUGAUGAGCUGGUAUGGGACAAUGGGACUGCGUUUCCAGAACCUUGCAUAGAUCGAAUUGCCGAUACUGUUGGAAAGUACGAGGCAUUGGCUUGGUUAUGUGGAGGUUUGGGAUUUUUCGCGAGUCUCGGAUUGUUAGUUGUGUGGAAUGAUAAAGCUUCUACGAUUCCAUUUGUAAGUUAA